CCUCAUCUCUUCCAUAAUUAGAUCUGGAAUGAUUACAAGCUCCGGUGGAAUCCAGCAGACUAUGGAGGGGCAGAAUUCAUCCGAGUACCAUCUGGCCAGAUCUGGAAGCCAGAUAUUGUUUUGUAUAACAAUGCAGUUGGGGAUUUCCAGGUGGAUGACAAGACAAAGGCCCUUUUGAAAUACACGGGUGAUGUUACCUGGAUACCUCCAGCUAUAUUUAAAAGUUCAUGUAAAAUAGAUGUAACCUACUUCCCAUUUGAUUAUCAGAACUGCACCAUGAAGUUUGGUUCCUGGUCUUAUGAUAAAGCCAAAAUUGACUUAGUCUUAAUUGGCUCUACAAUGAACCUGAAAGAUUAUUGGGAGAGUGGAGAAUGGGCUAUUAUUAAAGCUCCUGGGUAUAAACAUGACAUCAAAUACAACUGCUGUGAAGAGAUAUAUCCAGACAUCACCUAUUCCCUUUACAUUAGGCGUUUGCCUUUGUUUUACACUAUCAAUAUGAUUAUUCCAUGUCUGCUGAUUUCUUUCCUGACUGUGUUAGUUUUCUAUUUGCCCUCAGACUGUGGUGAGAAGGUGACACUCUGCAUCUCAGUCCUUCUAUCCUUAACAGUGUUCCUUCUUGUUAUCACAGAAACCAUACCUUCUACCUCCCUGGUGAUUCCCCUGAUUGGGGAAUACCUCCUUUUCACCAUGAUCUUUGUAACUCUGUCCAUUGUCAUCACAGUGUUUGUGCUCAAUGUGCACUACAGAACCCCCAAGACACACACAAUGCCCGUGUGGGUGAGAACCAUUUUCCUCAACUUACUUCCCAGGAUCAUGUUCAUGACCAGGCCUGCCAAUGAUGAAGAGAAUAAUCAGAAGCCAAAGCCAUUAUUCACUUCUGAGUUUUCAAACUUAAAUUGCAUCAACAGUUCUGAGCCCAAAUGCUGCAAGGAUGGCUUUGUGUGCCAGGACAUGGCAUGCAGCUGCUGUCACUACCAGCGCAUGAAGUUCUCGGAUCUCAGUGGCAAUCUCACCAGAAGUUCAAGCUCUGAGUCUGUAGAUCCUAUGCUUUCAUUUUCAGUUCUGUCACCAGAAAUGAGAGAUGCUAUUGAAAGUGUGAAAUACAUUGCAGAGAACAUGAAAAUGCAGAACGAAGCCAAAGAGAUUCAGGAUGACUGGAAAUACGUAGCCAUGGUGAUCGAUCGGAUUUUUCUCUGGGUUUUCAUCCUGGUAUGUAUCCUAGGCACAGCAGGAUUGUUUUUACAACCUUUGAUGGCUGGAGAUGAAAUGUAA